AUGGACCCAGCGAAAUGGCAAGAAUGGCCACACGCUUUUGCGGAAACGGCCGACGGCAUUCGUGUCCACUAUGUGGACGUCGGUCCAAAAGACGGCCUGCCCAUAGUGAUGGUGCAUGGGUGGCCGGACCUGUGGUUCGGGUGGCGCCACCAGAUUCAAGCACUCAAAUCCACGUAUCGACUGAUCGUGCCGGAUGUCCGUGGAUUCGGACAAAGUUCGAAACCGCCAAGUGUUAACGCCUACGGAGCCAAAAACAUUUCCAGGGAUCUGGUGACUUUGCUGGAUACCUUGGAGAUUACGAAGGCGAUCUUUGUAGGUCAUGACUGGGGCGGCCAGAUGGUAUACCGCACUUGUCUCUAUCACCCUGAACGAGUGAUCGCCGUCUGCGGAGUCUGCACUCCAUACUUUCCACCAAAAACAACCUACGUGCCACUGGGAGUCAUGGUAGAAACGAUGCCGCAGUUCAAGUAUCAGCAAUUCUUGGCCAACACUGAUGUAUCGGCGAAGGUGCUGGACGCCUCACCGCGUCGGUUGCUGACUUCGAUCUUUCGCAAGUCUUCAGAUAUGGAACGAGCUUCAGCCCAGAUGUCGCUGCAACAGAUGCUCAUGGCCGUCGAUUCGGACGUGGAUCACCCGGUCUUUACGCAACGAUCGGCACUGCUUUCUGAAGCUGAGCUGGACUACUACGUGGAGCAAUACACAGCCAGCAAGUUUGCGAGCACGUGCCAGACUUAUGCGACGGGAAAAAUCGACUUUGAUGAUGAAAGGGGGCUACCAAGUGUGAUUGGGCAUCCAGCGCUGUUCAUCGGUGCUGCCAAGGACCCGGUUCUCAAACCCGAGAUGGCGAGUGACAUGCCCAAGUUUAUGCCCAAUCUCGAAAUGAACGUGAUUGAUGAUGCGGGACAUUGGGUGCUUUGGGAGCAAAAGGAAGCGGUGAAUGCGGUCUUGUCAAAGUGGCUGGCUAAGAUAGCUGCAGGCGUGGACGGCACGAACCCAGGAACGAAGUUGUAA